UUUCAAUCCAAGAUGUCAGCUUUGAUAUCAAACGGGUUGUCGAUGACAUAUGAGAUUUGUCUUCGCUAUUAUCUCUGACUAGUACAUUAGUGGGUAUUAUGUCACUGAAAUUCUAGUUGCUACAAACUCGUUAGGACUGAAUAAUUAUAGAUUAGUUUUGUCGAAACUCAUUAAAAGGUUUGAGCUUAGGUAUCACGUGCAUACAGUAACACCCAUCUGUUUGAGGUUCCUCUAAAGAUGGUCACACUCAAUGGGGUUGUUCUACCAACAGUUCGAGUGCAGUGUCAUUCUAGAUGGAAACCUGUCAGAUUUCUUCUCUGUGGAGUCUGGUGUGCAACAGAAAUGUGUCGUCUCUCGUAUCCUCUUUCUGGUUGCCUCAUUGAUCGGAUCAUGCGUAGGACAAUGGCUGAUAGAACCAGAGGCAUCGAGUGGACACUCUUUUCCCAGCUUGAAGAUCUCGACCCUGCAGAUGACCUUGCUGCUCUCUUCACAACUCGUUGCCUCCUAUGGGAGAAGACCGCGAGGCUCAGCAGGUGUGUGAAGCAGGUAGGCUUGUCCAUCAACGCCUCAAUGACCCUGGUUAUGUGCAUCAAUGCAAUUCCCGGAUGCACUUAUUAGAGCAGAUGGUGAACCAGUUGGCUUGGUGGAGGAAUUCAGCUACUUGGGAAGCCUUGUCUCAAAGGACAAUGUAGCCCAAAAGGACAUCAAAGCAAGGGUUGGGAAAGCUCGCGGUGCAUUUUCAAGACUCCAGCCUGUACGAAAGUUGAAGCAGUACAGCCUAAGGAGGAAGCUUAGACUAUACAACAUUACGGUCAAGCCAGUUCUGCUGUACGGCUCCGACUAUUGGAGAGUGGUAAAAGGUGAUAUGAACAAGAUCAGUGUCUUCCACAACGGUUUUCUUAGGAGAGUCUUUCGUAUUUUCUGGCUUAACAAUAAUAAUCUGUUACCUCUGAGGUAAAAAAAUGCCCAUAUCAGUCGAACUGUUUUGAAAUCUCUAUGAAGAGAGAUUGAAAUACUUAUUUCACUGGGGGUGUCACUCCUAGUCCUACCCUCUGGUAUUUGGGGGACCUGUCUGCAUUAGGCCUCCUAUGAUUCUCUACUUUUCCAUCUUUGGCCUAGCUUGUAAGGUAGGAUUAGGACACCAAAUCAAGCCUUGGCCAUUGAAACUUCGGCUGCCUUGUGCUCCUUGAAUGUUUUAGCGAUAGAGGAGGCCGCUAAAGCUGCGUGGAUGAUAAGCAUUCUUCAUUUUAGAGAGUUUUGAUAAGCACCCAAACAAAUACAGCCAAACACUACAGAGGUGUCAGGUUGCUCUAUAUGUUACAGUUUUGUCCUUACGAAAGUCCUUCGUUAUUGCGUGACGGUGAGAGCUGUUAAUGUCAUGAUAAUACUACAAUUACAACGCAACGUUCUUUCUUAAGUCUAUGAUACGAUCUCUCUCUUCAAGUCCACCCAUAUAAAAUUGCCGCGUUUUGGCUAUCUUUUGUAGCGAUAUUCCUCUAUAGCAGAUUUAAAACUCUUGCUUCGCACUGGGAUUGCCACACUUUCAGUAGAUCCUUGGAAAAAAAUAUUGAUGUAACAACUUUUUGUUAACGAUCUUUGAGGCUACCAUUACAACUUGGUUUGAUACUUGUAUGGCAUGCCUGUUGGUAUAAAGGUCACCGCUUUUUAUAACAAACUAAAAGGAAUGGGCUCCACCCAUUCGUCAAUUCUUCUACGGUUCAGUAAGGGUUGUGAAUGAACAUUAAAGAAUCGAGAGACUAACUGUAGAAGUGUAAAGGCAUACUAUUUUCAAAACCCUUGGUGUUUUGCGUUUUUCUUAAUGUUCAAACAUAUUUAUAUAGACAAAGUACUUAAACAAUAACUGACCACCAUGAAUGACAGGGACAAAUAAAGCAACAGAGUAAAGCAGCAUACAGGAUCAAAUGUUCCGACUGGCAGAAGUCUUAACACAACUGACGGAACACAAACGGGCAACGCAAAAUUAUUUAAACUAUCGUAUUGCUGAACAUCAUCAACUGACAGACCACAGUAUUAAUUGGGACUGGAGAGCUGGUUCACCAACUUAAAACAAAUGCCUCUCAACAGAUAGCAACAACUGCCAACACCUUGCUAGGACUUAUUCACGACAUAACAAAAAGCCGAAGAACAGAACUCAAACUGAACGAUUCAAUUUGACUGACAAAGGACGGAUCGAAAGUUACUAGAACCAACCAGCGACUGUUGGCACGAGUCUUUUAGCCAAUACCAUUACGGUUAAACCGACUAAGCGGUUUCAACGGGCAAGACUUACAACACCACCAAUCAUUUGACAAACGCUUUUCACUUGACUCUGAACAUGAAUCGCCCUCAGGUUUUCGAAACGUCAGACCCCAACAUCAGUUCAGAAUUACCCUCACCAGGACGAUCGUAGCAUACGAACUAUUGAUACUCCUGGGCUCAAACCAUUUACUAAACACAUCAAUGUUUUAAAACGUCUAUAAUGGGCGUCUCUUGACCUCAUUAGUCCCGUUCAGACCGGACGUUUUGAGCUUCUUCCGCUGGAUGGAGUUGGGGGGAGGGGGGCGAAGAGUGAAUCUCCAUUCCGUCUUUAACUUCAAGAAUAGUUUCGCAAUGAUAAUGAGCUUACAAGGUAUAUAUUGCCUCCAAAACAUUUAUUUGAGGCAAGGAACGUCAGAUGAGGAUGUCGCCUCACCUGAAAGUUUUUGUCUUGAAAUCCCAAUUGCCGCACAUUGGAUCUGCCAUCUUUAUCAAUGAAUUUGUCAUUGUCAUAAACUUACCUUCAAUUAAAAUGAUGCUUUUAGGUAUCUGAGUGAUAACCAGUUACAAUACUUACCACCCAUGAUUUUCAGCAACAAUACCAAACUCAUCAAGCUACAAUUGCAAAACAACAAGCUUCAAGGAUUAAACGAGACAUUGUUUCAUGGCUUGAGGAACUUGAAAGAGCUAUGGUUGCAAGACAAUAACAUCCAGGAGUUGCCUGCCACUAUAUUUAAAGAUUUAGUAAACUUGGAUGAACUAAAUUUAUCCAGCAAUAAACUAAAACGUUUACCAGAAGGACUUUUUGAUGUUCUUGCAACCCUUAAAAGGCUAUUUCUGCCUGAAAACCAAAUCGAGGAGUUACCGCCAAAGAUCUUUUCUAAUCUCACCGCGCUUAAGACGCUGAAAAUGGACCGAAAUAAGCUUAAAAAGCUUCAUCCUAAUCAAUUCCAAGGCUUGGUCAGUUUGUAUGACCUGUAAGUGAAGAUAUUAAUGGCAAACUUUGAGAUCUGAAUAAGCCCAACCUGACUCGUCGACGAGCAGCAGUUGAAUGAUCCCCAGGGUAUUUUAAUUACCAAAGAAGAUUGAGUUUACAUGCAUAAGGUUCUUUGACAAGUGCAGGACCAGACAUGUCAAAGACUAUUUGUGCUCAUUGUUAUUUGUAAACCCCUUAAGUGUUUUUAAGAGUUCCCUUGUGUAGUUUUUCACUGCUUUGAAAAUAUUCCAUGUUCAAGCAUGGAAGUAAUCUACAUUACUCGCCACAUUAAAAGUUUACUGAGGGGGUUCAGCUUAUUUUAUUAAGAGGGUCAGCUUUGUAUGAAGAUUAAGUUCUUCCCUGCUGGCACCCUAUUUGCAUGUGCACAUUUUUUUUGGUACAAAUAAAGUUAGUUAUAAACAUCUUAUAACGUUAUUGGUUAAAUCAAAUUUGUAAAGAGACUCAGCCUCCUAUGCAGGCGAUUUUUGAGCUCGGCACGCAAUCUCUCUUUCAACCCAAAGAGCAUCUGCGUUGGAGGUUAAGAGAAACUGAAAAGUAGGUAAACGUAGCUAUUUUAGUUUCCCAUGGAGGAAACUGCGGAAGAGAGGAGGGGGACAGAUAUUAUUACAGAUUAAAUAAAGCAUGUCUUUCUUACAGGAUGUGUCGUUUUUGUUGCUGAUAAGCUAUGUCAGCAGACAUAUAAGCCGGCGGCAGUGUUUCCGCCAGACCGCGCCAUUGCGGGAA